AUGGGUCUGAGCUACAAUGCCAAGCACAGCUACUAUUCAACAGACGGCGCUGUGCCCGGACUAGAGGAAGAACAACAACCUUCACAGCUUGCUGGGGAUCCUGUAGCUGAUAGGAACCUAGAAGGACAAAGUCGCAUAAAGGAGGAAGUGGAGGAGGAGACGUUUGUGGUACAGGGAGACAUGGAGUUUUCCCAGGCACAGUUAGGGAAGGAGGUUGGCGCUCGGUAUGAUAGAUAUGACAAUGAUGAUGAUGACGACGACAAUGACAUUGGCCAUGACCAACCAUUGAGUGGGGUCUUAAAGAACUUGGUCCACAGGCAUGCUAAAUGUGGAAAAUGUUUUAGAUAUAAAUCAGGUAUUGUUAGACAUGAGAGAAUUCACACAGGGGAGAAGCCAUUUUCAUGUUCAGAAUGUGGUAAAUGUUUUAAUCGGAAAUCAGUUCUUGUUAUACAUCAGAGAAAUCACACAGGGGAGAAGCCAUUUUCAUGUUCAGAAUGUGGUAAAUGUUUUAAGAAGAAAGGGGCUCUUGUUGGACAUCAGCGAAAUCACACAGGAGAGAAACCAUUUUCAUGUUCAGAAUGUGGGAAAUGUUUUACUCAGAAAUCGUCUCUUGUUGUACAUAAGAGAAAUCACACAGGAGAGAAGCCAUUUUCAUGUACAGAAUGUGGAAAAUGUUUUAAGCAGACAUCAGCUCUUUUUGAACAUCAGAGAAAUCACACAGGAGAGAAGCCAUUUUCAUGUUCAGAAUGUGAGAAAUGUUUUAAGCAGAAAUCGUCUCUUGUUAUACAUCAGAGAAAUCACACAGGAGAGAAGCCAUUUUCAUGUACAGAAUGUGGAAAAUGUUUUAAGCAGACAUCAGCUCUUGUUGUACAUCAGAGAACUCACACAGGAGAGAAGCCAUUUUCAUGUACAGAAUGUGGAAAAUGUUUUAAGCAGAAACCAGCUCUUUUUGAACAUCAGAGAAAUCACACAGGGGAGAAGCCAUUUUCAUGUGAAGAAUGUGGGAAAUGUUUUCACCAGAAAUCAUAUCUUGUUAUACAUCAGAGAAUUCACACAGGAGAGAAGCCAUUUUCAUGUUCAGAAUGUGGGAAAUGUUUUAAGAUGAAAUCAGAAUUUGUAAUGCAUCAGAGAAAUCACACAGGGGAGAAGCCAUUUUCAUGUUUAGUAUGCGAAAAAAGUUUUAACCGUACGACAGAUCUUGUUAUCCAUCAGAGAAUUCACACAGGAGAGAAGCCAUUUUCAUGUUCAGAAUGUGGGAAAUGUUUUAAUCAGAAAUCGUCUCUUGUUGUACAUCAGAGAAUUCACACAGGGGAGAAGCCAUUUUCAUGUCCAGAAUGUGGGAAAUGUUUUAUGCAUAAAUCAGCUCUUGUUGUACAUCAGAGAAUUCACACAGGGGAGAAGCCAUUUCCAUGUUCAGAAUGUGGGAUAUGUUUUAACCGUAAACAAUAUCUCGUUAUACAUCAGAGAAUUCACACAGGGGAGAAGCCAUUUGCAUGUUCAGAAUGUGGGAAAUGUUUUAACCGUAAAGAAUAUCUUGUUAUGCAUCAGAGAAUUCACACAGGAGAGAAGCCAUUUUCAUGUUCAGAAUGUGGGAAAUGUUUUAAGAUGAAAUCAGAAUUUCUCAUACAUCAGAGAAAUCACACAGGGGAGAAGCCAUUUUCUUGUUCAGAAUGUGGGAAAUGUUUUAACACUAAAUUAGGUCUUGAUAUACAUCAGAAAAUUCACACAGGGGAGAAGCCAUUUUCAUGUUCAAAAUGAGGGAAAUGUAUUAACAGUAAAUCAGGUCUUGAUAGACAUCAGAAAAUUCACAGAGGAGAAGCCAUUUUCAUGUUCAGAAUGUGAUGUGUUUCAACCAUAAAUAAUCUCUUAAUCAUCAAAAAACACACAUAUAAGAGAAGCCAUUUUUAUGCUUAGCCCGUUAGUGACCUCCCUUAUGUGUUUUUAUGGUGGUCACUAACUGGCUUUAUUCCUUCAGAUACUCCUUUUUACAGGGAGAUAAAACAGCGCCUUGCUUUCAGUUACCAGAGGUAGCUGAGGGCUUGGAGUGAUGAUUGGUACUGCUGUGGGA